AUUGAACCAUGAGUUUCAGAUAUUCAACGACUCAGUCUUCCUAUGAAUUGUGUUGACCAAAGAUACAUUAGAUUGUGAUUACUUGCCGUUAGUUUUGUAUUCACCAGUUAAUAGCUUUUGUUUUGUUUUGGAGUGCAAACUUGGAUAUCACACCAUUUUACGAUCAGUAUCAUGGUCUAUUGGAGCAAUCGUUUGAUUCAGUUUAACCAGUUUAUCCCAUCUUAAUUGUUGUCUCAAUUUUGUGUUCACGAUUUGUGAAAAUGUGAAAGUUAUGGUUUUGGGUUAAAAAUUGGGUUUAUCAAAACUCCAACAACUCCAGCUUAAAACUCCGAUAGUGUGAGGAAUGAUUAAACACUUGAUUCCACUCUUAAUUUUACUGGAUUAUCUUGGAUUAAGAGUCAAUAUGUUUGACCAUCAAAUAACCAGAAAUGUUAAACAUAUUGAAUAACUCACCAAACGUUCAAAUCGACCAUUUUAUUCAAUUGUUAUUGUUUCUCUCAAGGACUCUACUUUUGUUGACACUGAUAUUGCUUUUUGAUUGUGACUAUUAUUUUAAUUAUUGAUUAGUUUUUUUACAUUUUACUUUUAUUUACAGUUUUGUAAAAUGUUAAAAUGAGUGAUCUACUCGCUGUUGACAAUAGGAAACAAGAGACCCGAGAUAAUCCUGAGAUAAUUGAAUUUUUUGACUGUUGUCUUAAAUCGUUGACAUCAAAAGCUGAGUCUCUAUUGAAACAUAAAUCUCUCAUUGAAUUGAUCAACGGACGAGACCGUAAUGGCCGAUCAUUGUUGCAUUAUUGUGCGGAAUGUACUGGAACCUUGUGUGCUUCAUUGUUAAUCAAGCAACGACCCAAUUCAAUAAUUAACCAAGACAACGAUGGCUACACGAUACUUCAUUUGGCAGUCAUUAAUGGCAACAUUUCAAUGGUUACUUAUUUAACCAGUCAGGUUAAAUCAUUUGUUCCAGAAGCGCUAUUUAUUCAAUUUCUCAACUCAGGUGACACCGAGGGUCACACAGCUUUUCAUUGGGCAACCGUUUGCAAUGAAAUUAAAUGCCUUGAUAUCUUAUACUCAUCGGGUGCUUCAGCUUCCCUUCCAGACAUUCAUGGAGCUCAUCCUGUACACUAUGCUGCUCAAAUGACUGCUCCAUCCAACAAUAUUAACCGAGAUGUAAGGAUAGGUUUGAAGGUGUUGAGGAAAAUAUUAUCCUACCAAAAGGUUGAUCCCAAUUGCCGGGAUAAAGAUGGACGAACUCCACUUCUAUGGGCUGCAAGCUCAGGUUCAAGUGAGGCUAUUAUGAUGUUGGUCAACUCUGGAGCUGAUGUUGCGGCUUGUGAUAAAGAUGGGUUAACAGCUUUACAUUGUGCUUCAAGCCGUGGACAUGUUGAAUCAGCCGAGGCUUUAAUCAACAUGUGUGGCGCUGAAAUUGAUGUAACGGAUUCUAUUGGCUGUUCCCCUUUGUUUUACUCUGUGACUCUUGGCCAUGCUGAUUGUACUCAGUUACUUUUGCAAUCAGGUGCUGAACCUAAUCGACAAGAUUUGAAAGGACGAACAGCUGCCCAUUGUGGUGCUGUUAAAGGACAAUUUGAAACUAUCAAGAUCCUGGCUUCCCAUGGAGCUAACCUGUGGUACAGAAAUAUCCGAGGUGACUUACCUCUUCAUGAAGCCAUUAAAUCUGGUCGGAAAGAAUUGGUUCGCUGGUUACUUCAACAACUUCCAAGUGCAGUGAAUACAACUAAUUCAAUUGGACGAAGUCCACUUCAUAUUGCCGCUUCAGAUAACAAUGUUGAAAUGUGUAAAGUGUUAAUUGAUUCAGGAUCUGAGAUUAAUCCGUUGAUGAAAUCAAAAGGACAUUUAAUGACCCCACUUGAUUGUGCUUUACAAAAAAAUUACCGUAGUUGUGCCAAAUUUCUUCUACUUCAUGGAGCUCUUCCAGCCUCUAGAUUAAACCUAAACUCAAGAUCAUUAAAUCAAAAACGCUUAUCUGCAAGAAGCCCUGGUAAAGGUCACGUCACUCCAAAAGUUUAUGCUCAAUCAAAAUCACGUCCAAGCUCUCGGGAAAAUUUUUCAAGUGGUAACACAAAUUCAGAUGGUCAAAGUAUAACCAACAUGGAAUCGGUUGAGCAGCAUCAUGAUGAUGGGAAAACUCGAACCUCCAUUACCAAGCGAAAGGUAGCAAUCUACCGAAAUAAUGGUUCAUCGCCUGAUUAUUCAUUUGCUACUUCUCAAUCAAUGAGUUCAGGCUUUCAAUCACAAUCCAUAAUCACAAAUGUUUAUGUGAAUACAGUUUCAAAGCACAAGAUGGCUCCAUUAAAGCGCAUCAAAAGACGAUCAAAGUUAUCCACAUCUGAUUCAUCUCAAUCAUCUUCACAAUUUAAUGAAAAUCAGUCUCAAGUGAACGAUGAUAAUGUCAACGUCAACAGGAAUGAAGAAUCAAGUGUUACAAGAAAAAAGGGAAUGACUAGUUCGAGUAACAAGAUGAAGCUCGAUAAAAAGAGUAUUGAAAGUGAAAGAUCAACUUCUCGGAGUCGAGACAAAUCGAAAGGAUUGCUAUCUAAUAAGGAAGUCAAUGGCCGAACAAAGUUAACUAGCCAAUCACUGGAUAGAGCAACAUCAAAACGAGGACAAAUUAAUAAUAAACGGUCAUUAAUUGGUAAAUCAAUUGUUAAACAUCCUCAUGCGAGUGACGUUGAUUUAUCAGUCGAUGUUACCGAACAAGUUAUUAAUAGUAACGGUGAUGAUGCGGAUAACCUUCAAGGAAGGAUUGAAUCAAGUGAAAGUAUCAAUAAUAAGGGCAUUUCUGAAAGUACAUCAGAAGCUGAUUAUUCUGAAGAUUCUCAGAUUGAAGACUCUUCAGUGCAUCAUCAAGAAACAAGUGAAUCAGCAACAGGAUCAUUAGCUUCAGUUGCAUCAUUAGGUAGUCAUGAAUUACCAAUACUUGGUUCAGAUGAUAAUUCAGCUGAUAAUUCGGUUGAUAAUUCAGUUGAUAAUUGCGAUGGAAAUGGUGUAAGUGAUGAACAAUUAUCUGGUCUAUCUCAAGAGCUCAAGGAAAAUGAUGGUAUAAUUGGUUCAAAUAAAACUAAAUCUCAACCAAUGAAACGUCAAGAUUUUACCAACACACGUAAACACACUAAUGAAGGUUUGUGUGAAGAAAACGAAGGGUCAAAGUCAGAAUCUAAAAUUCUUUCAGAAUCUCGUUGCUCUCAUCGACUUCAUCAUCGACUGUUACCCAAUAUUGGACCCAUUGAUUUGUCCCAUGUAACUGCCAAAGUUGAUACUCGAGGCUUGGAUCUGGCUCGUAGACCCGACUCUGAAGCUAAAGCAACAAAGGAGCAAAUUAAAACUGAAACCAAUGAAAUGAUGGCUAAAGUUGAACGCAGCUUAAGAAAAUAUCAAUUGGAAAGGAAAAUUUUCCAAGAGCUUCAAGAUCUGAAACGCUGUCAGAUACGAAGUGGACGUGUCAAUGAACCAGUUCUGGUUAAACGGUUGGUCGAAAAAUUCCGUAAAGAAGUCAAAUGUCCUGGAAUGGUCGAUUUUACUGAUUCAUUUAGUUAUCGAUCAUAUGAAAGAUUUCUCUAUGAUCAAUUGAGGAAACUAUCAUCUUCUAAUCAAGGCAAGGUUUUGCCAAUAAUCAAGUCUGUUAGCGAUGAAAAUUUGGCUCUCAAAUUUAUGACAACAAGUGGCGAUAAUCAAUUCAAUGGAUAUAAUGAUAACCACCAUAUUCAUCAUUCACAUAAUCACCAUCUACAUGAUCAACGUGGUAAAAAUGGACUUCGCCAGAAAAGUGUCUCUGCAAUGUCGUCUUUUAACCAGUCUAAGUUUAAAAAAGAUGCUCUUCCCAGUGUUAUCACCAAUCAGCGAAAAGAAAAGUUUGGUUCAAGUGAAAUCUCAAAGGAUACUGUGAUUGCCAAGAUUUAUGAUAACGAGAGAUUAAAAAGCAAUAAAGCAAAUACUAAUAAUAAUAUCAUCACCAACAAUAAUAACAAUAAUAAUAAGAGUGUUAAUGUCAAAAGCUCUGCUCAAGAUGAAACUGCAUUGGCCAAAAAAGUGGAAACUAGCAAUAUUCCAAUAUUAACUAGAGAACAUAAAACAAAAUUUUCGGAAUUGAAACAAGUUAAAGAUCAUUCCAUGGACAAAAAGUCUAUUAGAGAAACAAGUGAAAAAAUUAACUCGGAGCUUAAUGGUAACCAGCAACUGGAUAAAGUGAAACCUGCAGUUGGUAAAAAGCCUAAAGAAUCUGGUCCGUUAAUUGUUGUUAGUUCAAUAAAUGAUUCUACCAAUGGAAAAGGAAGAAAAGUUAAAAUUGAUAACAAAGACGAGAACAAAAGGAAACAAGACAAAGAGUUAAAAAAGGAACCCGUUAAUUGUAAAGAAAAGGUUGACGAGACCAAGAAAUCAAUUAAAAGAGGUCCAGCGAAUGUGUCUGCUCGAGAAAUUAGACGGACAACGGCUAAACAUGAACAAUAUAAAAAUUUAAGAGGAAGUCAUCGGCGGAUUUGCUUAAAGAGUAGUGACGCCGAUUCAAAGCCUUAUGUUAAAGCAGCUAUUGAUAGGCCCAAGUUCAAACGCUGUAAAUCAAGUAUUCCGGCACGAUUCAAAGUUAAUAUUCCGCUACAAGAAAUUGGAAGACGUUGGAAGUUAAUUAAAAAUGCUGAGAGGAAAAAAUCAGCUGAACAAUCAGUGAAACGAGAGAAACAAUCAGAUGAAAAUGGCGAGCCAUUGGAGUUUCUUUUGCUUUAUGAGAUUAAUCAGGAAAGAAAAGCUGAUGAAUAUGAUGAUGCUUAUGAUGCAUACAGUUAUGAUGGAAAUUAUCAUGUUUAUAAUGAUGGACAAGAUUUUUAUUCUGAUCAAGAAACUGAAUAUGAAGAUGAAGCGGACCAAGAUCUUCGUUUAAGUCAUUUAUUGAAAAGGACACUUUCGGAACCUGCCUUGCUUCCCCGUGAUUUAACUGUUUAGAUCUUGUUUUUUAAACUAUCAAUAGUAUAUUUGUUAAUGAUUUGGGUGGUUCCAAGUUUAUCAAUAUGUUGUCUGAUGAUUGUAAAAAGUUAUUUAAAGCGUGUAAUUGUCGAAAUGUUGCUGACCAUUUUUGAUAACCUUCUGGAAAUGUUGAAAUGACAAUUGUUGUAAUUUAAUGUUAAAUAAAGGAUGUUUUAUUUCUUACAA